AUUAAAAAAUAAAUGAUGUACGAAAAAAAGUCACCCCCAAAAAAACAGGAACAAAAGGAACCCUGUCAACUUACGUGCUUCACAAAAAUAUAUUGUUUCAUGGCGCGUAGUCCUAUAUUGUGAAAAUCCGAUAUGGCCCUCUUUCCAUUGUAUAGCCACAAAACAUUUCAAUACAAGUUCCUCAUUCCUUUGUUUGAUGAAAGCAACUCACACAUUCAUUCGUAAGGCUAAGUACUUUUUUGAUCGUUGAACAUUUUGGAUGAAGAUAUAUACCUGCAGCACUUCUAUUAAGUUGUUGAACUGCUCCAAGCACAGAAAAUGAACGUAGAAGGCCUCUUCCACCUUUUCAAUCAACGAUUGGCCAACAGUAAGUUAUUGCCUUGGUGGGAACUUGUAAGAGGUUUCUUAAAUGCGUGCAUGGUGGGGUUGUUGGCAUAUGUAUUGACUGUAGUUGACUACGACCGAGUUGUAUGCCUAAAAAACGAAACUAUUAACGACAUUGCAUUGACGUCGAUGGAAUCCGACUUUGUAAACAGCAUUUGCAAAACUAAACUGCCAUGGUCAAGCAGGAAACUCGGUUUUUGGAUGGGUCUAUUUAUCAUCUUUCAUCUCUGCGCUGAAAAAUGGUGGCUUUCAAUUCCACGAAUAAAGAACACUAUUUCCGCAGUUGGGGAGAUAAACAGACGACCACAGUUACUUCAAAGAGCGUAUCUUCGAAAAGUAAUACAAGAUGAAACAGAAAUACCAAUAUAUCUUAUUCGAUGUAUUGUGCUCAUAAUUGUGGACAUAUUUUCAUUAAGCUUGGUGCCAUGGUACCCACCUUUAGUUUACGAUAACCUAAUAAAGUGCGCUGCAUCGGCAAAUGUAUUCAAUGAAACAGAGUUUAUCUGUAGCUACGAAGCAUAUGAUCUUGUGAAAGCAACUGUAUAUGUAACCUUUAUGUUCUUAUGGUUAUCUCUUGGUCUCAGCUCGUUCGAAGUACUCGGUUUUAAACAAGCUAACAGCAGCUUUGUUGCUUUUUUCUACGACUAUUCGGAAAAAAGAGAAGAGCUUGGAAGAGAACUGAAUGAUAUACUGAACCAGUAGAUCAACGGACAUGGAGCAAUUUUUCAAAGUUCAACUCAAUGGUCCUGAUACUAACUUUGGUUUAAUUAGAAACUCCAACUAAAGGCAGCGGCGCGUUAAUCAGUUUGCCAUAGCACCGGUGUCGUGAUAUACGUUUCAACUGAUAUAGUAGGGUGGAGGGAGUUUGGACACUUUGUCAGACGAGACUAUUUUACGAUAAAAAUAAUGUUACAGCAUUAUUCGACCGUGUUAUUACGACUUUAUAAAACGCGCGUCAAAGCCGAUUACUGUUUCUAAAUAUAGUACAGUGGGGGGGAGAUGGGACACCUUUAGCACAUUAUAUCCAAAUACUCUGAUGUUUUAAACAAUUAAAACGGUCCAUGAGAGUUAUUGGAUUACUACCAAAUAGGAUGAGAAAAAGAAGCUGUCCCAUCUUCUCAACUUUUUUUUAGUUUGCGAGUGUGAACGAUUAAAAUAGUUUCAGAUUCAUAAAAACCUUAAAUGUUUCGUACAGUUUGAUUUUGUCUCAUAACACUAGUAUUAUUUAAAACAAUUUUGAUCGGUUAAGUACAAGUUGCAGAAUACUGUUAAUAUAAAUAUAUUUCAAUUUGGUGCCCUAUCUUCCCCACACUGUAGUUUUGUAUGUUUUUAUUGCCAAACUUUAAAAGUUUUGCCUUUAAUUCAAUAAUUUAUACCUCAGGUAUUAUUCAAAUAUAAUAUACUGAUAACGAGAUAAUAUAUGAAAAAUAUAAGAUUGUUUAAGAACAACAUUCUUCUGAAAUAUCGCACAUUUUAUUUGAUGAUGAGUUUCUGCCAUACUUCAUCUUACACAGAAGAAUAAAAAAAUCAUUUUAAAGCUUUAAAAGUGUAAGCAUGGUGUACCAGAGAAU